AUGUUUUUUCUUCUUCAGGCAUGCUGCAGAAUGGAAAGAAGUUUGAUUCAUCCAGGGAUAGAAACAAGCCUUUCAAGUUCAGGUUAGGACGACAGGAAGUGAUCAAAGGAUGGGAUGAUGGAAUUGCACAGAUGAGCUUGGGCCAGCGAGCAAAACUGACCUGCACACCUGACGUUGCAUAUGGAGCCACGGGGCAUCCAGGAGUCAUACCCCCCAAUGCUACUCUGAUCUUCGAUGUGGAGCUGCUGAAGAUCGAAUGA